AAUAGCUCAUAAAGUUUUCCAAUUCUGAAGAAAACAUCUUUCUCUGUUUCCACCCCAAUUCUGAAGAAAACAUCCAGGAUACGUAUAUUCGUGAUCUAAAAUAAAACCCUGGAAAUAAAAUGGGCGGGAUUUAUGAAAAUUGAAGCACCUUGAGCUAAUUAGCUAUAGUUAAAGCCCCAAAUCAGAUUGAAGAAAAUGGAUGCUGAAGUUGACAGAGUUAGUAAUCUACCAGAAUCCCUUAUUCAUCAUAUUCUUUCUUUCCUCUACAUGAAAUAUGUUGUCCAAACAAGCAUUUUGUCUAGAAGAUGGAGGUAUGUAUGGACCACUGUCUCUACUCUUGUAUUCAGUGUCAAUGAGUUUGCAAGUCCUGGAACUGUACUACACUCUAUACAGAUGAAUAAGUUUACAAGAUUCAUAGACAAGGUACUUCUGCUAAGAGGCAUAUCUGACAUAAAGAGGUUUCAUCUUCAUUGGGUAGACAACUUAUUUGAUACAUUUACAGUAAGAGAACUUCUUGAAGACCAUCUGAAUGCAUGGAUACUUGUUUCGUUAAGUCAUAAUGUUCAAGAAUUACUGAUACAGAUUGACACUGCUGCUAAUUAUCAUUACCUGGAAAUUAGGUUUCCACAUUGCCUCUUCAAUUCUCAGUCGUUAAGGAAGUUGGUGUUAGAUUUGACUGGUUCUCGGAGGAUCUCCCAGAUUGAUAGAGGUCCAACCCUCUCCUCAGUUCUACAAUUUACGGCGUUUGAAAUUGGAAACGUCAUUUACAAGAUGCUUCUUGCGUGCAAUGAUAUACUUACUCAAAACAUCUCCUUCUGUAGAAUCUCUGUUUCUUGCAAGAUACGAGGUAAUAACUUACCUCGAAUUUGUGUGUGUGUGAUAUUUGAGCAACCUUUCAAAGAUCACAAAUAUCUUAUGAUCAGUUUCUGUUAUUUCUUGGACAUUGUCGGGCUUAAUCGAUAUUGACGGUGAUGGUGAAUUGGGGAUGUCAUUGCCAUGCCUAAUGUUUCACCUUAAGCAUAUUGAGAUCAGAGAAGCUCAAGGCUGUGAGGAUGAGCUUAAGUUUCUGGAAUUUUUGUUGAAGAAUGCCAUAGUUUUGGAGAAAAUAGUUGUGUCUUUUUAUAAAACAGGCUCAUUAGAUACAAAUGGAUCAGCUGAGAGACGGAAGCUAAUGAAGAAGUUUAAGGAGAAGCUAAAAACACUUCCUAGAGCUUCGCUAAGUCUGACAACAAUCUUCCUUUAGUUUUAUUAGAUACCAGUUGAUUUGAUGAUGUUCUUGUUCUUCUUUAAUACAGAACCUGUAUUUGUGUAUGUCCCUUUUAAAUCUACUUGAGAUCUAAUGCAGUCGUUCUUCUUUGUCAGAAGUA